AGUUUUGGGGUCAUAUCCAUGUCUGACAGCUCACUAUUCACAACAGAAUCUUCUUUUCAGGGAGAUGCCCUUUGCUUCUUGGAUGUAAUGCACUUUAUGUUUAUUAUUCAACAGUGAAAAUGAGUCAUACAGAGGUUAAAUUAAAAAUACCUUUUGGAAAUAAGUUACUGGACGCCGUUUGUUUGGUGCCUAACAAGAACAUAGCAUAUGGAAUAAUACUUACACAUGGAGCAUCAGGAGAUAUGAAUCUUCCUCAUUUGAUGUCACUGGCAUCCCAUCUUGCAUCUCAUGGUUUUUUUUGCCUAAGAUUUACUUGCAAAGGCCUUAAUAUUGUACAUAGAAUUAAGGCAUAUAAAGCAGUUUUGAAUUAUCUAAAGACCUCAGGAGAAUACAAACUUGCUGGUGUUUUUCUUGGAGGUCGUUCGAUGGGCUCAAGAGCAGCUGCUUCUGUAAUGUGUCACACUGAGCCAGAUGACACUGAUGAUUUUGUUCGAGGUCUCAUUUGUAUUUCUUACCCACUGCACCAUCCAAAGCAGCAGCAGAAACUCAGAGAUGAAGAUCUCUUUCGUAUAAAGGAUCCUGUACUAUUUGUGUCUGGCUCAGCAGAUGAAAUGUGUGAAAAGAACUUGUUGGAGAAAGUGGCACAGAAAAUGCAAGCUCCCAGUAAAAUCCAUUGGAUUGAGAAGGCAAAUCAUUCCAUGGCAGUGAAAGGGCGAUCGACAAAUGAUGUUUUCAAAGAAAUUAAUACACAGAUCUUGUUUUGGAUCCAAGAAAUCACUGAAAUGGACAAGAAAUAAUUGUCAUUAAAAGCCAUGUUAUUUUGAAUAAAAGUACGGUUAAUUUGAUAAAGAACAA